AUGUUUAUCUUUAACUAUAAACUAUACUUGUCAGAUACCAAGCUUAGCAACCGCAAGGCCGUCCUCUCAGUGAGCCAAUUCCUUGAGGACAAGGCGGCAACAUGGUACAUGAUGAAUGUAGCGCCAGACCCUGAAGCUUAUACAAUGGAAACAAUAUAUGUUGGACUUUACAAAUAUUGUUUCCCCCCCGACUUCAAGGAGGAGGUGCGACGUCAGUAUAACCAGAAGCAGCAAGGGGACCUGAGCAUUCAGGACUACUUUGCCAAGCUGGCUAGGCUCCGUUGCAGACUUAGGGAUAUUGACAAUAGACAACAUGUUCUGAGAAUCUGGGAAGGCGCCGCACAGUAUAUUAAGAUUGAAUGGGCUCUAAAAUACAUGCAGCCGGAAACUACAGACAUAGAUACACUGCAAGAAGCGGCAUUGGCAGCAGAAAGGGCGCAUAAGAUCAAACAGAAAAUUGAAAGGUUGGGAAACAACAAGGGAAAUCCACAGAAGGAGCGGUUGCGUAGCCCUCCCAGGAAGAACAACCGCUGUCCUAAUUACAGAAGCUUGGCUAAUGGAUUGAACAGGAGGAACCGCAACCAUAGAAGCGGGAGCUACAAUGGUAAUGGUAACAGGACAGACAAGCGCCAAGACAAGAAUAGACACAAAAUGCAAGAAGGAGGGCGCAAAGAGGCAAACACGAGGAGGGAGAAACUCACAAAUGAAGAACAAGACAGACUAAAGGCCGCCGGGCUAUGCUACGUGUGCCAGAGGUUGGGACAUCUGGCCCGGGACUGCCCAAAGCUCCACAAGGCAAAGCCGUUGCAUAUAUGUGCAAACGUGGUUAAAAUCAGACCCAAAGAGAAGGUCUGA